UUUCAAAGAAUCCCACAAAAUUCUGAAUCAAAGAGGUGGAAGUUACCAAAAAUAUUUUUCCUCUUCCAUUAUGGAACCCUUGCAGAAUUAGGGCCUUCUGAGAGUAAUGAACACAACUGGAUACUGCCAUAAUCUGCUACAAAGUUAAGCAGUCUAAUGCAACAAGAUGUUUUGUACUACAGUUAAAAUUAAUAUUGCUAUUUAUCAUAUCAGUUGACAUUGUUAAUGAGCUUCAAUCCCAAACAGUCUACCCGCCACUGAUCCCUCAUUGUUCAUAUAGUGAUUAGAAAUUUUUCCCAUUUUAGGAAAUCGUACAUAUUUUAUGGCAUUUCUUGCUCUAGGCUUUUUUUGUUUUGUUUUCCCUGAAUAAUCAGACUUAGAAUUGGCUAGUUUCAUAAGCACUUGGCAAGUAUUUAAAGCCUGGAUUAAUUCAGACUGUAAAUUAAGUCACAAUUGCUGGUGUGUAUUAGUUUUGAAUAGUAUAAUAAAAAUAGAAUUAUGUACAUUGAGUAUUUUUAUUACCAAAUUGAGAAUGAAAAUAUAUCUACAGAAUUAUUGGCAGUUUGAAGUUAUUUUUAUAUAUAAGAAAUGAGGUGAUUUGCUACCAAGAGGUCAUCUAUUGCUACUUUUACUGAUAAGUUCUUAUUGUUUCAGCAACUCAUGAAGACGGUGUUCUCUGGAUUGCCAUGGCAGGCAUACAUCAAAUCUGGGCACUCAUGUUGGAAAGUGGAAAACUACCUAAAGGAAGCGAUUUAAAGAAAGGAAUUUGUCUUCGAUUUGCUGGAAGUGGAAAUGAAGAGAACCGAAACAACGCAUAUCCCCACAAAGCAGGCUUUGCUCAACCUUCCGGUCUAUCUGUUGCUACUGAAGACCCAUGGAAUUGCCUUUUUGUUGCAGACAGUGAGAGUAGUACCGUGCGAACAAUUUCUCUAAAAGAUGGCUCUGUGAAACAUCUUGUAGGAGGCGAGAGAGACCCAAUGAAUUUAUUUGCUUUUGGUGAUGUUGAUGGAGCUGGGAUAAAUGCAAAGCUACAGCACCCAUUAGGAGUAGCUUGGGACAAGAAAAGAAGCCUCCUUUAUGUUGCAGAUUCCUAUAAUCAUAAGAUUAAAUUUGUCGAUCCCAAAAUGAAGAAUUGUGCUACGUUAGCAGGUACAGGAGAAGCAAGCAAUGUAAUUGGUUCCAACAUUACCACCUCAACUUUUAAUGAGCCAGGAGGCCUAUGUGUUGAAGAUGGAGGGCGAUUCCUCUAUAUUGCAGAUACCAACAAUCAUCAAAUUAAAGUAAUAGAUUUAGAAACCCAUAUUGUUUCACUGCUUCCUCUUCUACAUGCUGGCCCAGUAGAUACUGUAGAUAGUUGGAGUAUUAAAACGACUGGUAAAACAGAACUACCAAAGCUCCCUAAAUCGGCUCCACAUCUUCAGCUACCUUCAUUGAGUGUAAGGCCAGGUCAAGUCCUUCAGUUUGUGCUGAUGCUCAACUUACCUCCAAAUACUAAACUGACUGAAGAAGUGCCCAGCUCCUGGUUUUUUACUGCAGAAGGGAAUGAAUGGCUACUUUGUGAACCACAUAGAUCUGGAACAAUUGCAGACAUUUCGGAACAGUUUAUAAUCCCAUUUCAGAUACCCACUAACUGCUUGUCAGCUGAAGCUUUAUUGUCAAUCAACGUGUGCCUCUAUUACUGUAGCAAGGACAGUAACACCUGUGUGAUGAAAGGAAUCUCAUUCAACCAGCCUUUCCAUAUAGCAAACGUAAACCAAAAAAGCAUAGCUCCAGUUGAGCUCACAUAUGCAUUUUAAUUUUAAGCAUAGCAAAGCAGAAGACCAUUUACUGUCUUAAUUACUACAGCCUAAUUCUUUACUGCAAAACAGACUGAACUUUUGCAUUAGUAUAUACAUGUUACUUCAUGUUUGAACUUACAGUAAAUCCUGCAAAGAUAUGUAUAUGCAUACUUGAUCAGAUGUGUAAAUGGAAUGUGGGAAAUCAUGAAAAUGUAUCUAAAUACUAAUACCUUAUUUACUUAUUGUAUAAGCCAUAAAUACUGAAGUGGGUUGGGAUCACUGUGUGAAUAAAUAGAAAACCCUAAACAAAGAAAAGGUCAAUUUAUAUCUUCAGAGCACGCUCUCAAUGUUACAGCAAAUUCACAUUUAAGCUUGAUUUUUUUUCCUGUAUUAUAUAAAAGUUUUUGAUCACAUUUCCUGCAUCAGGAGGCCUUGCUCAUGGUCACUCAUGCCAUGAUCACCUCUCUGUUAGAUUACUGCAAUUUGCUCUACAUAGGGCUACCCUUGAAGAUCACCCAGAACUUACAACUGGUCCAGCAUGCAGUGGCACAUGAGUUCUGGUUAUGGUGCUUCAAGCUUUGCCUAUGUUCAACCACUGCUGUGCAAGCUGUACUGGCUUCUAGUUGUUUUCAAAGCCCUAAAUGACAUGCGGCCAGGUUAUUUGCAGGACCACCUAUCCCUCAGGGUUUCUGUCCAUCCUACCAGGUCAGAUAGAGUGGGUCGCUCCAGGUCCCUUUCCUUGAAUGUUACCAUCUGGUGGGGCCUUUGAGACACACUUUUUCAGUGGCUGCCCUGACCCUUUGGAAGAGCCUGCCCCCUGCGAUUCAGAGGCUCCCACCCUAUUAGCCUUUGGAGGACUAUGAAGACCUGGCUCUUCACUCAGGCUUUGGGCUAGGAUAGAAGUGAGCCCAGCAAAUGUAAGCGUAAAUGUAUGGGGUAAAUGUAUGGGAUUUUGCAGCAUUGUGGUUGGAAUAUAUGGUGUUGCAAGGUUUGGUUGGUUUUAUUUAUUAUGUUUUAUUGAACAUUAUUGUGAGCCACCUAGAAUUAUCAUGUAUAAGAUAGGCGGCCAUAACCCUAACCCCAGUCCCUGAGACAAGUUUUUACAGAACUUCGUUUUCAAACAAUGCCAACAGCCUAUUUAGACAGAAGAUAUAGAGGGUUACCAACUACACACCGUUUAUGCAUUUGUAAUACCUCACAGGUGGAAGAUCUGACUCAUUAUUUAUUACAUUGCGGAUUAUAUCAAGAACCAAGAGUUAGAUUUAUUACGCCUUUGCUUAGUCAGCUGAAUCAGACUAAUCUAGAAAAAAUUAUUUUUUCUUGUCUGAUGAAAAUGAAUAUGUAACCAGUCAAGUUGCAUUGUUUGCAAUGGCUGCAAGAAAGAUACGGAGGCAAAUGUUGACAAAUAGUGCGGCAAAUCCUAGAGGGGAUGGACUGAACUGAUAUGGAUUGCUGUAAUUUUAAAUGAAUUUUGCUAAAACCUAUGGUUGCAAAUAAACGUAUGAAAUGAAAUGAAAGUUUUAUAAAUAAAUAUUUAAGUAACAUGCUUUUUGAAGUCAUCCUUAAAUGUUUUCAGCUUAUUUUUACAUGAAGACUGUCUCUAUAAAAACUAAUCUAUUUAAUAUCUAUGCCUUAUAGUUUUUGGAAUACAAUUUUGAACUGCACUGAUGUUCUACAUUCUUCGAAGUGCCACACUCCCUUCAUAAAUAGGGUGAAACUUUAGAAUUUAAUAGCAAUAAGCUAAAAUGUUUAGGUCUUGAUAUUAAGAUUAUUUGUUGAGAUUUUCAGAGCUAUACUAAAGUCAAUUGGAUAUAAACCAUGUGUUAAAUGUAUGACAGACUGACUUAAAUCUAUGGAAAUAGUUCAUUAGUUUAAUAAAAUGCAUUUGGAUUGAA